AACACUGUCAUUGGAUCCUCCGAUAACAAACCAUCGGAAAAUUCCUCUCCAGCCUCUAGCUAGUUCUUACUCAUGGCUGAAAGCAAGCGAUUUACAGAUGAAGAGCACGUGGACGAGAAGAAGUACUUCCAGAAGGUGCUUGACGACGUCGUGAGCCUCAACUCCCUCUUCACUAUCGCAGUUUUUAUCGGCCUCUCUUUCGCCCAGCCAGGCCAAGUUCAGAGCCUCAACGAUGACCCCGGUUGCCACUCGGACGCCAAUUUACGGAAGCGGCUCGUGGGCUUUGAGAUCGCCUCCUUCAGCUGCUUCAUCUUUUCCGGCGUCCUCGUGAAGACUGUCAAGAUCUUCCUCUAUACAUCCGAGAAGCAGGAUGCCCUAGACAGAGAAGAGAAGGGAAACGAGGAGCCCCACAACUCGGAAGAAGAGAAGCAGAAGGUUUACCGCAAGGGGCCGAGCCUCAUCGGGUUCUAUUUGUCAAUCUAUGGGACCAUGCUCGGGUGCCUGCUGCUUCUCCUGGCCAUGGUUGACGUCGUCCAGAUCAAGCUUGGCCGGCUCUCAUGCCACAGCAAGUCCACAUUGACCACUGUCUGCGUCAUGGUUGUCAUCAUCGGCCUUAGCCUGCUGAUCUUCUUCUUUGCAGUGACCAACGGCCUGAGGAUCGCCGCCGUCCAUGUAUGCCAUGUUUUAAGUGACGGUGUUAUUCUUACCUUGCAUUCCAUGUUUCUUGUGAGUCUUUGA